UCUACUAUUUUUUUUUUUCAUUUUCCUCUUUCUGCAACUGCAAGCACAUAAAUACAAGACUAUCAGACCACGAGAUUCAUGAUCUAUUCUUAAGCUUAUAUGAGUUCUAUCUCAUAUCAGAAAUUCCGAACAAAAACUUCACUUUUCAGCUUCAGGCUUCUAUCAUCAGUAUCUUUGGCGGAGAGUCCAUCCGUUUAUAAUGACAUACAUGGAUCCGAAUUAUCUCCAUUGGAGCCUGUUCAAUUCAUUACCGACUGGAUCAAUGCAGGCAAGUUUACAGCAAACGACACCAAAGUUGCCCACGCUUUCUGUCUCAAAAAGGGUAUAUUUCACACCAAUUUGUUCGUUGCAAACUCUUUGGUGGAUGGUUACUUCAAAUCUGCUCAUGUCCUUAAUGCACGCCAACUGUUCGAUCAAAUGCCCAAGCAAAAUACAGUAUCUUGGAACGUUAUGAUUUCAGGAUAUAACCACAAUUCACUAUAUCUAGAUUCAUGGAGAACAUUCUGUCGGAUGUAUAGUUGUGGUAUUGACCCUGAUCAAUUCACUUACGGUAGUGUUCUUUCAACAUGUUGUUCAUUGCAGUCUCUAAUCUGCGGCCAACAGAUUUACUCACUUGUGGUUAAGAAUGGCUACUCUGCAAAUACUUAUGUCCAGACAGGAAUCAUUGACUUGUUUGCAAAACAAGGUAGUUUGAAAGACGCUUUAACAUUGUUAUAUUCAAUUCCCAAUUCAAACGUGGUAUCUUGGAAUGCUAUAAUUUCUGGUGCUGUCAAGAGUAAUGAAAACCAGCUUGCUUUGGAUCUAUUUUGUAAGAUGCGUUGUGGGUUUUCAUUAUCUCCAAAUAGUUUUACAUUUUCAAGCAUUUUAUCAGCUUGUGGUGCAAAUGAAGAGCUCCAGCUCGGUAGAAUGGUUCACGGGUUAGUGAUCAAAUCUUCUGCUAAUGACAUUUAUGUUGAAACUGCUCUUGUUGAUUUCUACACUAAAUGUGGGAAAAUAGAUUUGGCUGCCAGUGUAUUCUCCCAUAUGCGAAUUCGUAAUGUGGUUUCCUGGACUUGUAUGAUAACAGGUCUUGUUCAGAAUGGGCAUUCUUCAUCUGCACUUGUUUUCUUCAAAGAAAUGAUCAAUAUUAUGAAGGAGGAGAUCAAUUUUUAUACUGUUACUAGUAUACUAAAUGCUUGUGAUACUGAGGCGGCUACUCAGCUUCAUUGCUGGAUACUUAAGUCUGGUUUUUAUAGCUAUCCAGUAGUGAAGGCUUCUUUGGUAAAUGUUUACUCUAAGAUUGGAGAAAUCGACUCGUCAGAGAUGAUUUUUUUCGAGAUUGACGAGUUAAACCACAUUGGAAUAUGGGUUUCUAUCAUUUCUGCUCUUGCACGAGAUGGAGAUUCAGUAAAAACUUUUUCUACAUUCUGUAGGAUGUUUUUAGAAGGUUUGAAACCUGAUAAGUAUUGUUGCUCUAGUGUAUUAAGCGUUGUGGAUUGUCUCUAUAUGGGGGCUCAGAUUCAUUGUUACGCUUCCAAGACAGGUCUAGAUUUCGAUGUUUCGGUUGGGAGUUCUUUAUUUACUAUGUACUCAAAAUGUGGGAGAUUGAGGGAAUCAUUCGACGUUUUUCUGCAGAUCGAUGCGAAAGAUAACGUUUCUUGGGCGUCUAUGAUAAUGGGUUUCGCCGGUCAUGGCUUCGCUGGUCGCGCCAUCGGAUUGUUUAGGGAAAUGCUGUGUGGAGAAACUGAGCCCGACAAGAUGACUUUAAUAUCUGUUUUAACCGCAAUCUCGAAUCUUCAAUGUUCUGAAAUCGGUAAGGAAGUUCACGGGUAUGUUCUUCGAAGAGGGUUUAAUGAUCAAAACUUGAUUUUGGGAGCUCUCGUGAAUAUGUACUCAAAAUGUGGGCUUUUACGUUUAUCAAGGAAGCUGUUCGAAACGAUGUCGGAACAAGAUUACAUGACUUGCUGCUCAUUGGUUUCAGGAUAUGCUCAAACCGAGUGUAUCGAAGAAGCGGUUUUCCUCUUCCGGAAGUUUCUUUUGGAUGGGGUAAAACGUUAUAGAAUGGAUUCCUAUAUGUUAUCCCCGUUACUUAGGACAGCAUCUCUUCAAAACCAAAUAAGUUUUGGCGCUCAGUUACACUCUUACGUAUCGAAAAUAGGACUAGAAUCUAACGUUUCCAUUGGUAGUUCAUUGAUCUUCAUGUAUUCAAAAUGCGGAAGUAUUGACGAUUGUGUUAGGGUAUUCGAGCGAAUAAAGGAACCCGACUUGGUAAGCUGGACUGCAAUGAUCGACAGUUACGCUCAACACGGGAAAGGAGUGGAAGCGCUGAAGACAUUCGAGGUUAUGAAAGAAUCGGGAGUGAAACCCGAUGAAGUUACUUUUGUUGGGAUUUUAUCGGCUUGUAGCCAUAACGGCUUAGUUGAAGAAGGGUAUUAUUAUUUGAAUUCAAUGGAGAAAGAUUAUGGAAUCGAGCCUAGUCUUAGACAUUACGCCUGCAUGGUUGAUGUUCUUGGUCGGUCAGGAAGGUUGAAAGAAGCUGUUAGUUUUAUUGAUGGUAUGAAGGUUAAGGCUGACGGUUUGAUAUGGGGAACAUUUCUUUCGGGUUGUAAAAUGCACGAUGAUGUUGAACUAGGAAAGUUGGCGGCUUCGAGAUUGAUCGAGAUUGAACCGGAUGAUGCGGGGGCUUAUGUCUCGAUGUCGAAUAUGUGGGCUGGUGUGGGACAUUGGGAUGAGGUUGUUAAGGUUAGACAUGCUAUGAGAGGAACUGGAAUGAAGAAAGAUCCUGGUUGGAGUUCUGUUUAAGAAAGAACAAGUUUUGGAGAUUUUUUUGGUUUUUAAGAAAUUGGUGGAAAAUUAUUUGGUUUUUGACUGGAUUAGUUGAUUUAUUUGAAAUUUGAGGGUUUAUUUAUCGGUAGAUAAUAUAAAAAAUUAUCUUAGGGUCAAUUUGUUGAUGUUAUAGGAAGGAAAAUGUUUCUUUUUCUGUAUAAUAAUAUUUCAACAAGUUAUAUAUUUCUCCUAA